AUGCAUGUUGAUUAUAUGAGCAGUGAAAAUACCGCAUCUGGUGGUGAAGAAAAUGAAGAAGACGAAGACGACGGACAAAAGAUUGUUACAGUCCACAAACUACCAUGGUGUUCGAAAAAAGUGACUGAACUAUUUUCAAACUUAGAUGCAAGGACAAAAGUUAACGGAUGGAAAACGGGUCGAGUAUCUAAGAAGGUUUUUGAUAAUAUUCAAACUUUAUGGCAUUGCAAUUAUAAUAAUAAAGGUAAUAUUGAAGCAACAGCCAGGAAACUAAGGCUUCCAUUUUACAUUAUGCCAGCACCCAUGAGAAACCUAGGCAUGAUUAUUGUCCAAAGGGCUCCAACAGCUGGUAAUGACGAUGGUGUUCUGGGACAUGCUGCGUUCCGGUCGUCAUGGUUAUAUUCAAAUAAAGGACUCUCGCCCACCGAGACUUCGGAGUAUACUACUGCAAAUACAAAUGGUAUCAAAACUCCUGAGAACGUUAACGUUGGCGGCGUAGCAAAUUUAGACAAACAGUUAAAAAGCAUUUCCGAAUUGAGUCGUGAAUUUGCACUGAGGACAACAUCUCACGGUGUAGCUCGCAUAGCAGAAUCAACAAACAGAUGUUCGAAAUUAUUAUGGAUUUCCGUAGUGUUUAUUGCGUUUGGAGCAUUCACCGGACAGUUGAUAGCGCUAAUCAUUACGUUUUUAGAGUAUCCAGUCAUCAUCAACAUUGAUGUUGUUUCCAGAAACACACUUCCGUUUCCUGCGGUGACCAUAUGCAAUACUAACAAAGUACGCAAGUCAGCUGUGCUAGAGAGUCGGUACAAUGCGUUAUUGGAUAUCGACGACUUUAGAGAAAGGCGGGCAUAUUUGACGUAUAUGGGUCCUUGUAUACCCGGCGAUGUACCGUGUGACGUAGAUGAAAACCAAUGUGUUAAAUCCUAUAUGAAAUGUAAUGGUAUAAAUGAUUGCCCAAACGGAGGAGAUGAAGCUGUUUGUAACUAUGGUGAAUGCUUCGAAGGUGAAUUUCAGUGUCCAAACGGUAAAUGUAUUCCUGCCAGUUCACAAUGUGAUUACAGAAAUGACUGCGAAGACAACACUGAUGAGGAAGACUGCUCAUUCCCGUCGUGUGCUGAUAAUGAAUUCACAUGUACAAAUCACCAGUGUAUGUCUGUAUCAUUGGUAUGCGAUGGUAAUGCAGACUGCUAUGACGGAAGUGACGAGCUUAUUGGUGAACAUUGUCUUUAUCCGGGUAGUGUAUGCAGCCCGGACUUCUUUCGCUGUACAAAUGGGGAAUGUAUACAUUACACGUUGAGGUGCGAUCAGUACGCGGACUGCUCUGAUUCUUCUGACGAAUCGGAAUGUCAACACAGUGUGUGUCCCGUAGGUUUUUUUCAAUGUAGACUGUUUAGCCAAUGCAUUCCACAAGCUGCGGAAUGUGACGGAAAAGAUCACUGCUUAGACCAUACAGAUGAAUACCCGUGCCCAGAUAAGCCAUUGCUGCCCAAUGGUUGCAAUGCUGAGAAUAUGUUUGCAUGUGAUAGUGGAAGUUGCAUUAAUAAUUGCCAACGUUGUGAUGGACACCCUCAUUGUCUGGACAGUAGUGAUGAGUUGGGAUGUAACUCUUCGAGCACAUGUCCGAACGGCUAUAUGACAUGUGAUAGUGGAUUAUGCGUUGCUACGGAAAAAUGGUGUGAUGGAUUCGACGACUGUAUGUAUGGGCUUUUAAGCGAUCAUUCAGAUGAAGAAAACUGCCAAGAUUAUUCUUGUCUGGAAGGAUACUUCAAGUGUGCUGAGAACGGCCAUUGUAUUUCUAUGCGUGAUAGAUGCGACUACAACCCGGAUUGCUACGAUGCAAGUGACGAGGAAGGUUGCGAUUUCAAUGAAUGUGGCACACAUUAUUUCCGGUGUGCAGAUGGGCGUUGCCUUGAAAUUGAGUACCGGUGUAAUGGAGUGGAAGAUUGUAUAGACGACGAAGACAGCUGUGAUACAUACAAAUGUCCAGAUGCUUAUUUCACCUGCCUCAGUGGUCAAUGUAUUCCACUCACUGACCGAUGUGAUUACAAUUUAGAGUGUAACGAUGGUAGCGAUGAAAUUAACUGCACGAAAGGUCAGCUAGCAUAUCUUCCUGUGGAGGCUGAAUGUCCUAAUGGUUACUUCCAAUGCCGGAGUGGUCAAUGUGUGGACCUAUCCAAGCGUUGUGACAGCGUGGCGGACUGUACUGAUGCGAUGGAUGAAUUCAAUUGUACCGGCUUAGAACCACCUCCGAUUAUCUGCGAAGAUAAUCAGUUUAAGUGCAUAUCAGUUGAGAAGUGCAUUAAUUCGUCGCAAGUAUGUAACAGAGUUGACAACUGUGGAGAUAAAAGUGAUGAGGUAGCAUGUAUGUAUACUGUUGAGUGCAACAUGAACGAGUUUAAAUGUGACAAUGACAUCGAUGAUUUCUGCAUUCCUAGAACAUGGUUAUGUGAUCGUAUCAACCAAUGUGGCGAUGGUAGUGACGAAAAUGAAUGUACAUAUGACGUGGCGAACGUGUUUUCCGAUUCUGAUUGGAAGGCAAAAUAUAGUGAUAUCACAAAUAGAGAAGAUAUAUAUCGCGAAUUUACCCAGAAUGUGUAUUCCGCUAGAAACUUCGAUUUUAUUCCCAGCGAAGAUCCUCCGUCUUGGGACCAUUUUCUGCUAGCUAGUUCAACGCCAGAUUUUACAGAUCUCCAAGACGUCUUGAAACUUUCUUCUCCAGAGUUGAGUAUCAUGGGUCAUCAAAUUGAUGAUUUUAUACUGCAAUGCACUUACGACAAAAAGAAAUGCAAUUUGAGUGAAUUCUACGAGUUCCAACAUGACAAGUAUGGUAACUGCUUCACAUUCAAUCAUGGCUUUGAUACUAAAAUAAGACAGGCUACCAAGUCAGGGGCUGAUUAUGGUUUGAAGUUAACACUGUUCACAGAGCAGAAUGAAUACAUUAGUUUGUUUGGGCAGCAAUCCGGUGUACGAGUCGUGAUACAUAAUCCAAGUACAAAACCAUUCCCAGAAGACGAGGGCGUAUAUGUGAAACCCGGAGCAGUAACUGCUGUUUCUAUCAAGCAGAAUGAAUGGACACGCAAGGGACCUCCCUUUGGAAACUGUUCGACACAUUUUCCCGAAAGUGAUGUCAAAUAUAAUUAUUCAUCAUUGGCAUGUCAGAAACAGUGUCUACAAGAUUAUUUGUUUAGUAAAUGCGGUUGUGUGGAUACCUUGUCAGAUGACAAACCACGAUGUAGUGUACUCAAUAAAACACAAGAUGCCUGUAAACAGUUGAUGAAUUAUUUCUAUCGAGAAGCUAUGUUGUCUUGUGACUGCCAAUUGCCAUGCCGAGAAUUCUCGUUUUCGAAGACGAUUUCCCAAGCUCUGUGGCCAUCCACCACCUAUUUGCCCCAUUUAUUGAAUAGUAUCCACGCAACAAAUCGUAAAACGUGGGUCAUAAGAGAUAAAGAAUCAGCCAGGGAAGAUUUGGUUCGUCUCGAAGUGUAUUUUGAAGAUCUGAAUAUACAAUUGGUCAGUGAAGAGGAGGCUUACCCGAGUGACGAUGGCGUUCCUGGCCAUGCUGCAUUUAGAUCUUCCUGGUUAUAUGAAAAUAAAGGAUUUAUAUCAAUAAAAAAUCAACCAUCUACAAAAAAUGUGACCCAUGUUCCCUCCAUCGCCAAUAAGAGCGACAGAAGAGGACAAUAUUUCAACAAAGGAUCAAACCUGAAAACAAUUUCUGAUAUAACUCGUGACUUCGCCAUGAAAACAACAUCACACGGCGUCGCCAGAAUAGCGCAAGCAGGGACAAGGGGUUCAAAACUGUUAUGGGCAUGCGUGGUUGCUGCUGCUUUCUGUGCAUUCACUGGUCAAUUCGUGGCAUUGGUCGUCAGGUAUUUGGAAUAUCCAGUCAAUAUUAAUAUUGGCGUUGUUUCCAGAAACACACUUCCGUUUCCUGCGGUGACCAUAUGCAAUACUAACAAAGUACGCAAGUCAGCUGUGCUAGAGAGUCGGUACAAUGCAUUAUUGGAUAUCGAUGACUUCGCUGAAAGACGAGGAUACUUAACAUAUAUAGGUCCAUGUAUGCCUGGCGAUGUACCGUGUGAUGUAGAUGAAAACCAAUGUGUAAAAUCCUACAUGAAAUGUAAUGGCGUCAAUGAUUGUGCAAAUGGAGGCGAUGAAGCUGACUGCGACUAUGGUGAAUGUUUUGAAGGUGAAUUUCAGUGUCCAAACGGUAAAUGUAUUCCUGCCAGUUCACAAUGUGAUUACAGAAAUGACUGUGAAGACAACACUGAUGAGAAAGAUUGUGUAUUUCCGUCGUGUGCUGCUGAUGAAUUCACGUGUACAAAUCAUCAAUGUAUAUCUCCAUCUAUAUUAUGCGAUGGCAUUGCUGACUGUUAUGAUGGCAGUGAUGAGGUCAUUAGCCAACAUUGUCUCUAUCCGAAUAGUGUUUGUCCAGCGGACUACUUUCGUUGCAUCAAUGGCGAAUGUAUACAUUACACAUUAAGAUGCAACAUGUUUAACGAAUGUUCUGAUCACUCCGACGAAGCUGGCUGUGACACAAAUGUCUGUCCUGAGAAUUUCUAUAGAUGUCGUCUUUUAGGUCAAUGUAUCCCAUCUGCUGCGUACUGUGAUCAUAAAUCCCAUUGUUUAGACCAUACAGACGAAUACCCGUGUUUAGAUGCACCAUUAUUACAGAAACGAUGUGAUGGAGUACCUGACUGUGAAGAUGGCAGCGACGAAUCGUGGUGUGAUUCUACUCGUGUAUGCCCAGAUGGAUUUACUGUCUGUAAUAGUGGCCGGUGUAUACCUACUGGGAAAUGGUGUGAUGGUCUGUAUGAUUGUUAUACAUUACCACAAGAAGACUAUUCUGAUGAAUUAAACUGUGAAAAUUAUACCUGCUUGGAUGGAUAUUUUAAGUGCGCUGAUAACCGCAAAUGUGUUGACAUGGAAAGAAGGUGUGAUAACCAAAACGAUUGUUCCGAUGGUAGUGACGAAGUCAGUUGUGACUCAGUGAACACAUGUGGCCCACACCACUUCCGAUGCCGAGAUGGACAGUGUAUUCAGGCACUAUAUCGUUGUGAUGGUUUACUUCAUUGCGUAGAUGACGAGGAUAACUGUGAUAUCAGCUUAGAACCACCUCCAAUAAUCUGCGAAGACAAUCAGUUUACUUGCGUAUCAGUUGAUAAGUGCAUUAAUUCGUCGCAAGUAUGUAACAGAGUUGACGACUGCGGAGAUAAGAGUGACGAGGUAGCAUGUGUGUAUUCUGUAGAUUGCGAUAUACACGAGUUCAAAUGUGAGGGCGACAAAGAAGAAUUCUGCUUACCCCGGAUGUGGUUAUGUGAUCGUAUAAACCAGUGUGGUGAUGGUAGCGAUGAGAAAGGGUGCGUGUAUGGUUUCAAGUUAACACUGUUCACAGAGCAGAAUGAAUACAUUAGUUUGUUUGGGCAGCAAUCUGGUGUACGAGUCGUGAUACAUAAUCCAAGCACAAAACCAUUCCCAGAAGACGAGGGUGUAUAUGUGAAACCCGGUGCAGUAAAUGCUAUUGCGAUUAGAAAGAACGAACGUACACGGAAGUCUUCUCCAUUCGGUAAAUGUGAAUCUGACUCCCCUACAAGCGACGUUGAUUACAGAUAUUCGUCGUUGGCAUGUCAGAAACAGUGUCUACAAGAUUAUUUAUUUAGUAAAUGCAGUUGUGUGGAUACGUUGUCAGUUGAUAAACCACGAUGUAGUGUACUCAAUAAGACACAAGAGUUUGAUAGACACCCACAUAUUGACCGUACUGACAGAGUAUGUACACUUCGUGAAAAUAUUCCGCAGUACAACGAAGCAAUACAAGAAUAUUGA